AUGGCACUAAUGUAUAGUUGGUAUUUGAGAGAUGAGUGUAAGAAUAAACAUGUAAUUACUGGCAACUUUAUUGUUGAUAGCUCUAUCAUUUUCUGUCUCCCGCUUGGCACAAUCAUCGUCGCUGUAUGGAUGCAACAAAAUAUUGAGCGUCAGGUUCUUGAGCAAGCGAUGACGGUUCAUCAAUGUCGAAGAAAAAGCUCAUUUGAAUAUAUCAAGGUCUUCACUAACGACGCGCAAGGACCGAAGAGUGAUGAGUUCAACAGCCUCUUGCCAUGCGCUAAGAAGUGCGAGGUUAUAUCUGCCGAAGCAGACGAAAACCGCAGACGCAAGGUCGAGGUUGCUCUUAACAAUGAAUGCUCUUAG